AUGAUCGUACCACGUCAACCCCGUGCCCCGACCGGUACACACCCCUUGCCCGGGUCCCCCCUUCACAGUCACACCCCCUGCCCCCUCAUGCCAUCCGCUCCCCCCGCCCCUACCCUCCGCGUGCCCGCUCCCUUGCCGCCUCUUUUGACCCUCCCUGCCCCCCUCGCCGUUUCCCACCGCCCGCCAUUCGCUCCUCCCCGCCCGUGCGCUCCCCUCGUUUACCUUCUCCUCCCCCCUCCCCUCCUCUGCUGCACGCCUCUUCCUUCCCCUCGCCGACCCACUCCACUCCCUGCCCCUCCUCAAUCCGCACCCUGCCCCUCGUAUCUCGCCCCCCUAUGCUUGGUUUCUCCCCUCCCUGCCCCUCGCCGCCUUUCUCCGCCCCCCACCUCCCCCCUCUCCCUGCCCCCCCACUCUCCCACCCUUGCCCUUGGCUUCCUACCUCCCUGCCCCACCUUUCCCCCCUCUGUGUGCUCAGCUUCUCCCCUCCCUGCCCCUCCCUCCUCCCCGCCCUGCCCCUCGUUUUCCGCCCCCCCACGCCCGGUUUCUCCCCUCCCCGCGCCUCCCUUUCUUUCUCCGUGCCUCUCCUCUGCUCCCUCCCUGCCCCCGCCUGCCCAUGCCCCUGUCUUUGGCUUCUCCCCUCCCUGCCCCACGUUUCUUCCCUCCCUGCCCACCCCCUCUGCCCCUCCCUUGUUUUCCCCUCACCCAUUGCUUCUCCCCUCCCUGCCCUUGAUUUCCCGCACCCCUGCCCUUGUUUCCUACCAUCCAUGCCCCUCGUUUCCCCCCCUUUGUACGUUCAGCCUCUUCCCUCCCUGCCCCUCCCUUCCUCCCCCCCUGCCCUUUGCUCUCCCCUCGUUACGCUCCCUUCUCCCCAUCCCUGCUGCCCUCUUACCACCAUCAGCCCAUCCCCACCACCAGCCCCCCUCCCACCCUUCUCUCCCCCCCUCCCUUUCCCUCUCUCUCUUUCUCACACACACACACGCACACUCCCCUCCCCCACCCCCCACCCACAUCCUCCCAUUCUGCCCCUCCCUGCCCCUUUCCCACCCCCUCGCACGCCCCUCACCUCCCACCUCCGUGCAACUGGUUUCCCCCCCCUAUGGUGCCUCCCUUGCAUCGCUCGCCCCUCUGCUCACCCUCUGCCCGCCCCUUUUCCGUGCCCUCAGCUGGCCCAGCCCCUGCCCGUUGCUGCCCCUCCCCUUGCCCCCUCAACUCCCCUGCCCCCCGUACACCCCAGUCCCAUCCAACCGCCCCCACCCUCCCCCGGCUGCCCGUUUCCGCUCUCCACCCCCGCGACCGUGUGCGGCUUCCAACCGCCCAACGGUGGUGCGCACGGGGCGUUUCUUCGCACGGGCAAGCCUCCCCGGGGGCCCCCCACCCCGCUGGGUCGUUCAUUACCGCCCCUCUCCCCUUAUCCCCCACCACGCCCCCAAGCAGGCCUUUCUCCCCCCAGCCUCCCGUCUCCCUGCCCUUAGUACCGCCGCGCUCUGCCCGUGCGUCACCCUUGCCCACUUCAUACCACCUCCCCCUUCUCCCCCCCCCCCCCGGCUUCUCCCUAUCAUCACCCGCAUGUUCCCCCACUCCCCUGUCCACAACGUCCCUCCACCCCCCUUCCUGCUUUCCCCACUCCCACUCUGCCCCCCACACCUCUACGAGCCGUACUUCCCCCUCCAGCCUCCCUUUCCCCCCCAGCUACUUCCGCAUCCAGCGUGGGCUGCACCUCUGCAUCCCGCCCUGCCAGGCCCUUCGGUGACCCAACUGCCGCCACCUGGCACCACGCCGCCUUUCCCACCCCCAUCCAAUCUCUACACCCCCUGCCCCUGCUCCCUGCGCAAUCCAGCCACCUACCCCAGCCUCCCUCUACCUCUCCCUAACUCCACACCGCCGUUCCUACCCCCAGCCAAGGUCUACACCCCUUGCUUUUGCUCCCUGGGCUGUGCCGUCCCCAACCUCCCUCCGCCUUUCCGCGGCACCAGACCGCCUCUCCCUCCCCCAGCCAACUUUUGCACCCCCUGUUCCUGCCCCUUGUGCCCUCCAACACCCUACCUCAACCCCCCCCAGUCUCCCCCUUCUCCAACACCCUCCAUAUUUCCUCCCCCCUGGGGCUCGCCCAUCCGCAGCUAUCACCCUUCAUCGAUUCCCCAAUUCCCUCUGUCCCCUGUUUCCCGGCCCCGCAUCCUAUCCUGCAUUUACCACAGCACCUCCUUUCGGUGCCCUCUCUGCCCUCCCACGUUCUCACCCCCCGCCUCCCAACCUUCUCAUUACCCGCUACCAGGCUCACGCCAACUCGACUACCCACUACCCUUUGCCCCUUCCUCUCUGUUCCCCACCCUUCCUUUCCCACCUGGCUCCACCUGCCCACCCCCACCUCCCGUGGAAUUCUGCCCUGCCCUCCCCACCUCUGGCCCACCACCUGUCCCCACACCCUGCUCACCCACCGCUACACCACCCCCGCCCCCCCACCUCCACUACAGCCCGCCAACACUUCCCCUCUCAAUCGGCCCCCAGCCCGCCCCCCCCUUGGGCCCCAAUCCCCUCCAACUGUCAGGCCCCCUCUACCCUCUCUUCCACCCACUGCGCACCGCUUUCCCCACCCUUUUCCCCUUUCCCCAAGCUAACCCCCCGCACCCCGGCCUCUGCCAGGGAGUUCCUUCCCCCUUUGACGCCCUCUUGAGCCAACCCCAGCAACUCACACCGCCACCGCCAGGCAUGCUGCCUCUAGCCAGGGGGGAACUUGCAGCUGACACUGCACGGGAAGGGGUAAGUGAGUUUGUGUGUGAAGGAGCAGCAGAGGCUACAGAGGAUGGGGCAGCAAAGGCUGCACGGGAAGGGGCAAUGGGGGUUGUGGGGGAAGGGGCAGCAGAGGCUGCAGAGGAAAGGGCAGCAGAGGCUGCAAGGGAAGGGGCAGCAGCGGCUGCACGGGAAAGGGCGGCAGGGGCUGCACGGGAAGGGGCGGCAGGGACCGUGACUCUGGCCAGGCAAAGGGCAGAGGCCAUGGAGACAGGUUUUGCAGGAGUAGGGGCCACGGAACCUGCUGCUGUGUCGGCUGGGGGAACCGCAGCAGAGGAGGCUAUAGGGACCGCACCAGCGGGGAAGGGGGUAACGGGGACUGGUGCGAGGGAGAGUGCCGCCCCGGCUGUAGCAAGAGAGGGUACGGCAGGGGCCUCAAAGGCAGAAGGUGAGGCUGCAGCUGAAGCAGCAGGGAGGGCCAUAGCACGGCCAGUAGGGGCGGCAGGGGCCGCAGCAAACUCGGGGAAACACACAGCAGGGCCGGCAGGGCCGGCAGAGACUGCAAAAGGGGCUAGCAGUAAAGCGGCAGCAGGCGGGGUGGGCUUGGGGGACAUAGGGGCAACAGGGGAAGGAGAGGGGAGGGUGGUCCCGACCGGGGUGGGCACUGAAGAGGGGGAUGUGAUAGCGAUAGAGGAGGAUGAGGGAGAGGAUGUGAUGCACAUUGACGGGCCACUGGCCCAAUACCUCACGCUUGACGGUGAGGCCGACCCGGCCCCCCUGCAGCCUCACGUCGAGGUUCCCCCUCUACCCCCCAUGCCCGUCCCCAUGCUAGCAGAAGGACCGAUGGAGGGGCUGGGGGAGACCUUGAGGACAGAGCCGCGCGAGGGAGCCCCCAUCCUCACCUCCCGUCCUCCAGCCCACCAGCCCCCAGGAGCACCACUUCCCCACCCCCACCCUCAGGUCCCGGUAGUGUCCAGGGGGGCAGCCAAGGCCCUGGCCUUCUUGGCGGAGCCGUGCUCCCCGACCCCCACGCUGCUCCAUGGCCAGCCCCCCUCUCCGUCCCCAACGCCUGACCCCACGGUUGCAGGCGGUCCACCGGGAGAGCACGCGGGUGCGACAAGAGCAGAGUCACCCGAGGGCACCCCUUCUCUCACCUCUCACCCCUCCCCGCCCCUUCCCUCACUCCUUCCUUCACCCCCAAGGGCAGCACACCUCUGCCCCCACCCUCAGGGGCUCCUUAGAGCACCACGUGGAGCAGCCAGGGCUCUGGUCUUCCUAGAGGAGCCAUGCUCCCCGACUCCUACCAACACCCAGCCACCCCUUACCGGCCCACUACCCCCUCCUCCACCAGGCCCCCCCCCACCCGGUAGUACACACAUCUCGGAGGUUGAAGCAUCUCUGCGGCCAAAUCCCUCUCCCACACGCUACAGGCACCCAAACCACCCGAGUCGCCGCACAGCCCCAACACGCCCACCCAACAGGCUGCCCUCCCCACACCACCCCCCCCAGGCAGCCGAGACCCACCCGCAAGGGCUUGCGCCCCAGGCUCAUGGGAGCGGCGGCACCCGGGUAGAGGGGCCCACAGGAGAGGCCACCACAGAGCCCACACAAAUCUCUCUCCCCCCACCGUUUGUACCUCGCUCUAACCUCCACACUGGCCCAGCCCCUCGACCCCCACCUCCAACCCCCUCUCCCGGCCGGGUUCCCCACGAGUGGCCCCGUUGGGCAGCCAUCACCCCCCACACACAGCUUGCCCGAUCUGUUCCCACGGAGGGGGAUGUUUCGAGGAGAGUGGGGAUGCACACAGAGCACCCCCUGCCUGGCGAACCACCCAUCCUCCCUCCACCCACCCCUUUGGCCCCACAGCCCCCCCUUCCUUCACAAACAGGCGCGGACAACCAGGUUGGCCGCCGGCGGAAGAACAGGGGCAGAGGAGGCAGAGGGUCAGCCCACGUACUCCCCCCUCCCUCCCUCCCCCACCAAGAGCCCCUCCCCACCUCACAUCCCGUUGAACAAUUACCAGGCCCUACCUCUACAGCCCGUCCACCAAACCUACACUCCCGCCCCGCUCCUGCACCUCCACAGGGCCAUGGGAGCGGACCAGCCCACUCACCCCCAUUCUGCCCCUCCCGUGCUGUGUCCCCCUCCCAGGUGGCGGCGGCCGCGAUCGCUACUGGGAGGGGGGCCGUCGGGUUGAGGGAUGCGCCCAUGGCAGACGCCACCGACUCCCCCUCCCAUCCCUCCCACCCCUUCCAUGUCGACGACCCCCUACCGCAACCCAUGGUGAUUGGGGAGGGCCAAGGGGGCCUUCUAGGGCAGGGUCCACACCCGAGCUCCGCUCAGCCAGCACGCCCCACUCCACCCUCUACCCUGCCAGCCCUCCUACUCUCACCUACAGGCAGGCAGGUCUUCGAGACCCCAGAGGAGGUGAGGGCUGGCAUUUCAGAUUUGCUGGCGAUACACCGCCUGAGCAGCUCUCCGGCUGCCCCCACCCUUCCAGUCCCACAGGACCGGACCCGGACGUAUGCGGAGGUCACCCGGUCUGUCCCUUCUUUUAUCCCCCCCGCCACUCAGCCAGGCGCGUCACUCCCGACCCCAAUGGAGACGGACCGGGGUCUGAGGCCGUGUCACUCGCACCUAGACGGGGUGGCGCCUCCCCCCGUUCAGCCCGUGGCGCAGGAGGUCACCAGCAGUAGGGAUGAGGCAUCCGCCCCUACCGAGACCCCUCCGCCUGGGGUAGCAGAGCCGUCACUUGAACCGCACCCCGCCGAGGGGCAGGAGCACACCACGGCACACACUUCAGGCUCACCUCCACGUCCCCCCUCCCCAGCUUCAACACCGGUGCCGGCACGAGGCCCGGCCCUAUCCUGUGCGACACCACCUCUAUCUUCGCUGACACCCCCCCCGCGCGGGGCUGGUGAGUCGUCUCCUCCCCUCAUCCCAGGCGAUCCUGUCGGAGCUCAGGCCGCCCACGGGGUCCCCUCUACAGCCAGUUCCGACGCCACGGCCCCGAUUGACCCCGCCGACACGGCGACAUCACCCGACCAGGUCGUGAGUUGCCCCACCUGCAGGAGCUCUCUCGCGAACCGACGCGCGCUCCAGCACCACAUUCCCUUCUGCCAUCCUGCGGACGCGGCUCGCAGGGCGCAGGCUGCCCAUGAUACCGCCUCGAUCAUCCCUUCCCUCUCACAGCCCCGUGCGACCGGGAUGCAGUUCACCGACGCACAGUGGCAGACGCUCGACUCGGUGGACUGGACAGAGUACUUCUCGCCCGAGCGUAUCCAUACACGCCCUCUCCGACGUGUCCCGGAGAGGGUCCGCGGAGGAUAUCUUGACGUCCUCAGUGCGAUCCUAGUCCGCAUUGCCCAGGACCCGGAGGCUGCUGGCCCUACCUUCCUCCUCGCUGCAGCGCCGACUCUUUUCCUUGUUCCAGCGACGCCACCCGACCGCUCGCACACGGCUGCCAUUGCAACGCGCAUCUCUCGCUUUGGUCGAGGUGAGUGGGCUGAGCUAGUCUCAGAUGCACUAGGCCGUCGCACACCCCUUCCUCGCCGCACAGGUCACCGGUCACGCACCGCCACCGAUCCCUCUGCAGCAGAUGAGCGCCGCAUUGCACGUUGCCUUCGUCUGGCAGCGUGCAAUGAGACCUCACGGGCGUGCGCGGCUCUCGAGUCCGCGGAGGCAGCCCCAGAUACACAGGGGACGAUACAGCGCCUGCAGUCGAAGCACCCCAACGCGGAGAGGCCGACCCCAGCUUGGCUGUCUGGCUUCCAGGGGUCCCCUCUCGUGCUCUCGAGUCUCCAUUUCCUCCUGGCCGUGUACCAGCAGUGGCUCCGAGGCCGUUGCGCUCCAGCUGCGCGCUCCUUGCUAGCGUCCUCCACCCUCGUGGCUCUGGCGAAGUCGAACAUGGAUGUUCGGCCGAUUGCCAUCGGCGAGGUUUUGGUCCGCAUUCUUUCUCGGGCAGUUUGUCUCCAGCUACGUGACCAGAUGGCGAGGGUCUUCUUGGCAUCACAGCAGUUUGGGGUGGGGGUUACGUGCGGGACAGAGGUCGUAGUUAGAGGCGUCCGCCGCGCUCUGGCUGACCACCCAGACUGGGUGGUCCUGCAGCUAGACGUGGCGAAUGCCUUUAACUCUUUCCACCGAGACAGGAUGUUUCAGGCGCUGCAGGCCAGUCCGGAGUUUCAGUGUCUGAUCCCCUUCAUCGGCCUCUUCUACGGGACGCCCUCGGAUCUCCACUACAGGUCAGGCACGGGAGUGGUCACGAUGCACUCGGAGCGGGGCACUCGCCAGGGAGACCCUCUCAGCCCCUUCUUGUACGCUCUGACACAGCGUCUUGCUUUGGAGCCGGUUCUGGCGGAGGGGGAUGUCCAGCUCUGGUCGUACGCCGAUGACACGUACGUGCUAGGUCCCCCAGACAGGGUGCUGCACCAUUUUGCCGAGAUCGUGAGGCGCUUGGGCGAGAUGGGCCUUGCAGCCCAGCCGCACAAGUGCCUCGUCUACCAGACAGAGUCCUUUCUGUCCAGGGAUCUGGAGGCUUUCACGGGCCUAGGGAUCGAGGUCGCACGCCGAGGGCUCACCGUGACAGGCGUACCGGUAGGCACCGUUUCGUUCGUGGAGCAGAGUCUCCCGGAUCGUCUCGAGAGGAUGGGGCGGGUGCUACCUUGGCUUCCGAGGUUGCGCCAGCCCCAGACAGCUGCCCGCCUUCUUUCGGCGUGUGUCAGCACUCGUCCGCAGUACCUGUCGAGGACCGUCCCUCCUUCGCCCGCAGUGAUCUCCAGUUUUACACGGUGGGACGCACGCCUGGGAGAGACUUUUCAGCAGCUUUUAGCUUCAGGGACCUGGGCUUGUCGCGAGGACGUCCGAGAGGCCGCCCUAGACCAGAUCUUCCUCCCCAUCCGUCUCGGGGGUUUCGGCAUUCGUCGCAUGGCGCGCAUGGCCCCGGUGAGUUUCGUGUGCUCCUGGGUGCAGUGUGCACCCAUUCUCUGUUCUCUCCCUGCGUGUGGCGAGGUGUUUCGGCAGAGCUUCGCUUCAGGUGAGCCAGAGCAGAUCGACCGGGCUCUGCAGACGGCGCUAGAGGGUCUCCCUCCUGACGUUCUCUCUCUCCUUCCCCCCCCUGGCCCUCUUGCGCUUCUGCCUCCCCGAUUCCCUUUUUGCAGGAGCGAGCCGUCUUCUGGAGGCGCAUGCCUUGGAGGCCGUGCGUGCCCGUCACACCUCUCCCUUGCACCUUGCCCGUUUGACUUCCCUUCAGGGCGGAGGUGCAGGAGCGUGGUUGACGUCGGUGCCGUACGCCGACCCACUGCGCAUCCCGGAGGCGCUGUGGCAGGCGGCUUCAUCUUCUCGUCUUGGUCUCCCUAUCCCCAGUUAGCCCUUGCAGGUCAGUGCUCCUGCGGACAGGCGAUUGACGACAUGACGGUGCCUCAUCACGCGGUUCGGUGCCCGCGUUACGGGGUCGCCACUACCAUCCACGACACGGUGAAGUACAUGCUUCGAGACUUUGCGGUCGAGGCGGGCUUCGCGGUAAAGGUGGAGGACUCUACGCUGUUCACACAGUUGGAGGCGGCUCGAGCGAGACUACUGGGACAGCCAGUGGUGGGAGAGGGGACACGGGCUGAGGGACCGGGGGAGCGGAGAGGCGAGGCGGGACAGCCGGGUGGCGGGGGACAGUGGGGACGGCACCAGCUGCGGGGUCAGGUGGAGCGAGGGACAGGUGGGCAGAGGGGACGGCAGGGGGAGCAGACGGGCCAGGACGGGGAGGGGGGACGGCACAGGCAGCAGCAGGAGAGCCAGUGGAGGCCGCGGGCCCAGGGCGCCGCGCCUCCAGGUUCGGCCUCGGGGGCGGGGCAGGGGCGGGAGCAGCAGAGAGCGGACGGAGGUACAGGAGGGGCAGCGGGAUUGGGAGGGGAGGGCCAGGGAGUGAGAGAGGCAGCAGGGGAUGGAGCAGGGGGGGGUCUGAUGGUUCUUGUGGAUGUCUCCAUAGCGGAUCCACAGCGGGAGGGGAACGUGCAGCUGAGACGGGCGACCCCCACACAGAUUGGAGUGGCAGCAGCUAGGCGGGUGCAGGAGAAGCUGCGUCACUGGGGGCCGCACUUAGAGGGGCUGCAGCCGGCACCACACUUUUACGCGUGCGUGGCGGAGACCUUUGGCCUUCUGAGUGAGCCGCUGCGUCAGUUUCUGGGGCUCUGCGCAAAGAGGAUAGCACAGCGGAGGAGGGAUAGAGGUGGGGGGGAUGACGGAUCGGCACGGAUAUUUGAGGCAGGACUCACUACACGCCUCUCCGUUGCACUGCAGCGCGCGCAGGCUCAAUGCAUGAUCCAGCAUGCGGUGCGGCAGUUAGGGAGUCACACCCCCUGCCCCCUCAUGCCAUCCGCUCCCCCCCGCCCCUACCCUCCGCGUGCCCGCUCCCUUGCCGCCUCUUUUGACCCUCCCUGCCCCCUUCGCCGUUUCCCACCGCCCGCCAUUCGCUCCUCCCCGCCCGUGCGCUCCCCUCGUUUACCUUCUCCUCCCCCCCUCCCCUCCUCUGCUGCACGCCUCUUCCUUCCCCUCGCCGACCCACUCCACUCCCUGCCCCUCCUCAAUCCGCACCCUGCCCCUCGUAUCUCGCCCCCCUAUGCUUGGUUUCUCCCCUCCCUGCCCCUCGCCCGCCUUUCUCCGCCCCCCACCUCCCCCCUCUCCCUGCCCCCCCACUCUCCCACCCUUGCCCUUGGCUUCCUACCUCCCUGCCCCACCUUUCCCCCCUCUGUGUGCUCAGCUUCUCCCCUCCCUGCCCCUCCCUCCUCCCCGCCCUGCCCCUCGUUUUCCGCCCCCCCCACGCCCGGUUUCUCCCCUCCCCGCGCCUCCCUUUCUUUCUCCGUGCCUCUCCUCUGCUCCCUCCCUGCCCCGCCUGCCCAUGCCCCUGUCUUUGGCUUCUCCCCUCCCUGCCCCACGUUUCUUCCCUCCCUGCCCACCCCCUCUGCCCCUCCCUUGUUUUCCCCUCACCCAUUGCUUCUCCCCUCCCUGCCCUUGAUUUCCCGCACCCCUGCCCUUGUUUCCUACCAUCCAUGCCCCUCGUUUCCCCCCCUUUGUACGUUCAGCCUCUUCCCUCCCUGCCCCUCCCUUCCUCCCCCCCUGCCCUUUGCUCUCCCCUCGUUACGCUCCCUUCUCCCCAUCCCUGCUGCCCUCUUACCACCAUCAGCCCAUCCCCACCACCAGCCCCCCUCCCACCCUUCUCUCCCCCCCUCCCUUUCCCUCUCUCUCUUUCUCACACACACACACGCACACUCCCCUCCCCCACCCCCCACCCACAUCCUCCCAUUCUGCCCCUCCCUGCCCCUUUCCCACCCCCUCGCACGCCCCUCACCUCCCACCUCCGUGCAACUGGUUUCCCCCCCCUAUGGUGCCUCCCUUGCAUCGCUCGCCCCUCUGCUCACCCUCUUGCCCGCCCCUUUUCCGUGCCCUCAGCUGGCCCAGCCCCUGCCCGUUGCUGCCCCUCCCCUUGCCCCCUCAACUCCCCUGCCCCCCGUACACCCCAGUCCCAUCCAACCGCCCCCACCCUCCCCCGGCUGCCCGUUUCCGCUCUCCACCCCCGCGACCAUGUGCGGCUUCCAACCGCCCAACGGUGGUGCGCACGGGGCGUUUCUUCGCACGGGCAAGCCUCCCCGGGGGCCCCCCACCCCGCUGGGUCGUUGCGUGGCGGGACAGCCGGGGUGGCGGGGGACAGUGGGGACGGCACCAGCUGCGGGGUCAGGUGUGGAGCGAGGGACAGGUGGGCAGAGGGGACGGCAGGGGGAGCAGACAGGCCAGGACAGGGAGGGGGGACGGCACAGGCCGCAGCAUGAGAGCCAAGUGGAGGCCGCGGGCCCAGGGCGCCGCGCCUCCAGGUUCGGCCUGGGGGCGGGGCAGGGGCGGGAGCAGCAGAGAGCGGACGGAGGUACAGGAGGGGCAGCGGGAUUGGGAGGGGAGGGCCAGGGAGUGAGAGAGGCAGCAGGGGAUGGAGCAGGGGGGUCGGGAGGUUUGGGGGAGGGUAGAGAGGGGGAGGGGAGAGGACAGGUGGAUGGAGGAGAGGAGAGGGGCAGAGAGACGAUCGGAGAGGGGGCACCAAGGGACCAGACAGGGCAGCAGCCAGCGCAACAGCAGGGACCAGUCGGACGCACAGGCCGUGUAGGCACCGCCUCCCGCAUUCCAGACCCUCACCUGCCGCGACGUUGGCCAGGGUCUGAUGUCACACCCCCUGCCCCCUCAUGCCAAUCCGCUCCCCCCGCCCCUACCUCUCGCGUGCCCGCUCCCUUGCCGCCUCUUUUGACCCUCCCUGCCCCCCUCGCCGUUUCCCACCGCCCGCCAUUCGCUCCUCCCCGCCCCGUGCGCUCCCCUCGUUUACCUUCUCCUCCCCCCUCCCCUCCUCUGCUGCACGCCUCUUCCUUCCCCUCGCCGACCCACUCCACUCCCUGCCCCUCCUCAAUCCGCACCCUGCCCCUCGUAUCUCGCCCCCCCUAUGCUUGGUUUCUCCCCUCCCUGCCCCUCGCCGCCUUUCUCCGCCCCCCCACCUCCCCCCUCUCCCUGCCCCCCCACUCUCCCACCCUUGCCCUUGGCUUCCUACCUCCCUGCCCCACCUUUCCCCCCUCUGUGUGCUCAGCUUCUCCCCUCCCUGCCCCUCCCUCCUCCCCGCCCUGCCCCUCGUUUUCCGCCCCCACCACGCCCGGUUUCUCCCCUCCCCGCGCCUCCCUUUCUUUCUCCGUGCCUCUCCUCUGCUCCCAUCCCUGCCCCCGCCUGCCCAUGCCCCUGUCUUUGGCUUCUCCCCUCCCUGCCCCACGUUUCUUCCCUCCCUGCCCACCCCCUCUGCCCCUCCCUUGUUUUCCCCUCACCCAUUGCUUCUCCCCUCCCUGCCCUUGA